AUGGCUGAUCAGACCAAGUACACUCAAAAGCUUCAAGGCCAAAAGGUUCUGAUUACCGGCGGAUCUGCUGGAAUUGGCUUUGGUGUGGCUGAGGCUUGCUUGGAGCAUGGCUGCACAGUCGUUAUCUCGUCCUCGAACCCAGACAGGGUCCAGAAUGCUAUCUCCAAACUUCAAUCUUCGUAUCCAUCAGCCAAAGACCGUAUCAGCGGACACGCUUGCAAUCUUGGGGAUGAAGAGAAGCUUGAGUCUAAUAUUAGAGGCCUUUUCGAGAAAGUUGGCAAAGGAAUCGACCAUGUGAUUCACACUGCUGGCGACUCCCUCGCCGUCCUCAAACUUCCCGAUCUCGAGAUGGCAAAGCUCAAGGUAGCCGGUAUGGUGCGGUUCUUUGCUCCCCUAUUCAUCGGCAAGUACGCCCCACAAUACCUCAAUCCAGGACCCAAGUCAUCGAUCAUCAUUACUACUGGCGCUGUUUCUGAACGUCCUAUCCCGGACUGGACUGUUGUUGCUUCUUACGCUGCUGGUCUCCAAGGAAUGACUCGUGGUAUGGCACUGGACCUGCAGCCGAUCAGAGUCAAUCUUGUCAGUCCUGGUGCGGUGGAUACCGAGCUUUGGGCACAUAUGAGUGCGGAACGAAAGCAGCAGGCCUUCAAGGAGAUAGCGAAGAAGAUUCCUGUUGGCAAGGUGGCGGUUGUGGAAGAUGUCGCCGAGGCUUAUAUUUACUUGAUGAAGGAUAAUAACGUUACUGGGGCAAUGAUUUCGACUUCUGGUGGGCAUCUGCUCACCGGGUGA